CUGUCUAGGAGUCAAACUCCCUCCCCUUAACCCUUCCUUGCCCUGCUGGGAGAGGGGAGUCUGCUUCUUUGGCCUGUCUCCUCCUCUUCCUCCUCCUUCUUCUCAUCCUUCUUCUUCUGAAGAAAUGUGAUUGUUGGCUGAGAAUUUUGAAGUAGAACCUGUUCAGGGAUUUCUUUCCUUUGAAAGAAGAGGGAGGAAAAGCAUCUUGGAUACGGUUUGGUUCUUCAUCAGAGUGGUUCCAACAUGGAAAGACCCAACUCACCUGGACCUGAAGCAGGACUUGGGAGCAGUGGGGAAUACUGGGAGCAAACUACGCGGAUGUUCCUGAAUGUGCACAUACAGCACCAGCGCUUCAGGCAGUCCUCCUACCGAGAGGGCGAGGGGCCCAGAGAGGUUUGCAGCCGCCUCCACGAUCUCUGCCGCCAGUGGCUGAAGCCACAGCAACACACCAAGGCUGAGAUGCUGGACCUGGUGAUCCUGGAGCAGUUCCUGAGCCUCCUGCCCCCAGAGAUGGGGAGCUGGGUCCGAGAGUGUGGGGCAGAGACCUCUUCCCAGGCGGUGGCCCUGGCGGAAGGCUUCCUCCUGAGUCGGGCAGAGGACAAGAGGCAGGAAGAACAGGCCCAAAAUAACUGCACGGAAGUCCAGUCUAAUGUCCCUGCAUCAGAUAAAUCUCCAUCAAACACCACCCAGAGUCUCAGGCAGAAGAAGCUGAAGCAGGAAGGAGAUGGGGCUGCAGCCUUGGAGGCUGCACCUGUGAAUGAGGCAAGACCGAGAUCAGGGCCUCCCCAGGAGAUCUUAACCUCUGAAGUGGUUUGUAGAGGGAGAUACGUUCAGACAGGGGCUAGAAUGAUGUUGUUGCCGAAUCCUCAGUCGUUUCUUCCCCUUUGUGAUGCAGUGGAACUGAGUCAGGGUCCAAUCGCCUAUGAGGACGUGGCUGUCCAUUUCUCCCCGGAGGAGUGGGUGACUCUGAAUCCUGAUCAGAAAGUAUUACACGUGCAGAUCAUGGAGGAAAUUCAUGGGAUUAUGGAGUCUCUUGGAGAGAAGCCAUACCAAUGCCAGGAGUGUGGGAAAUGUUUUGCUAACAGUUCAGCCUUGGUGAGCCACAAAAGACUCCACACAGGAGAAAAUCCAUACCAAUGCCAUGAGUGUGGAAAAUGUUUUACUUGCAGUUCACACUUGGUGAAUCACAAAAGAAGUCACACAGAGGAGAAGCCAUACCAAUGCCAAGAUUGUGGAAAAUGUUUUGCUCGCAGUUCAAACUUGGGGAGCCACAAAAGACUCCACACAGGAGAGAAGCCAUACCAAUGCCAGGAGUGUGGGAAAUGUUUUCCUGAUAAUUCAAACUUGAUGAGCCACAAAAGACGUCACACAGGAGAGAAGCCAUACCAAUGCCAGGAAUGUGGGAAAUGUUUUCCGGAUAGUUCAAACUUGAUGAGCCACAAAAGACUCCACACAGGAGAGAAGCCUUACCCAUGCCAGGAAUGUGGGAAAUGUUUUGCUCACAGUUCAGCCUUGGUGAGGCACAAAAGACUCCACACAGGAGAAAAGCCAUACCAAUGCCAAGAUUGUGGAAAAUGUUUUGCUCGCAAUUCAAACUUGGGGAGCCACAAAAGACUCCACACAGGAGAGAAGCCAUACCAAUGCCAGGAGUGUGGGAAAUGUUUUCCUGAUAAUUCAAACUUGAUGAGCCACAAAAGACUCCACACAGGAGAGAAUCCAUACCAAUGCCAAGAGUGUGGAAAAUGUUUUACUCGCAGUUCACACUUGGUGAAUCACAAAAGACUCCACACAGGAGAGAAGCCAUACCAAUGCAAAGAUUGUGGAAAAUGUUUUGCUCGCAGUUCAAACUUGGUGAGCCACAAAAGACUCCACACAGGAGAGAAGCCAUACCAAUGCCAGGAGUGUGGGAAAUGUUUUCCUGAUAAUUCAAACUUGAUGAGCCACAAAAGACUCCACACAGGAGAGAAGCCAUACCAAUGCCAGGAGUGUGGGAAAUGUUUUCCGGAUAGUUCAAACUUGAUGAGCCACAAAAAACUCCACACAGGAGAGAAGCCUUACCCAUGCCAGGAGUGUGGGAAAUGUUUUGCUCACAGUUCAGCCUUGGUGAGGCACAAAAGACUCCACACAGGAGAGAAGCCAUACCAAUGCCAGGAGUGUGGGAAAUAUUUUGCUGACAGCUCUUGCUUGGUGAGGCACAAAAGACUCCACACAGGAGAGAAGCCAUACCAUUGCCAGGAGUGUGGGAAAUGUUUCGCUUGCAAUUCACACUUGCUGAGGCACAAAAGACUGCACACAGGAGAGAAGCCAUACCAAUGCCAGGAGUGUGGGAAAUAUUUUACUCGCAGUUCAAACUUAGUGAGGCACAAAACAAUCCACACAGGAGAGAAGCCAUACCGAUGCCAGGAGUGUGGCAAAUGUUUCGCUCGCACUUCACACUUGGUGACGCACAAAAGACUCCACACAGGAGAGAAGCCAUACCAAUGCCAGGAGUGUGGGAAAUGUUUUGCUCGCAGUUCACAAUUGGUGAGCCACAAAAAACAACACACAGGAGAGAAACCAUACCAGUGUCAGGAGUGUGGGAAACGUUUUGCUGACAGUUCAAAAUUGGUGAGCCACAAAAAACACCACACAGGAGAGAAGCCACACCAAUGCCAGGAGUGUGGAAAAAGUUUUCCUGAUAGUUCAAACUUGAUGAGCCACAAAAGACUCCACACAGGAGAGAAGCCAUACCAAUGCCAUGAGUGUGGGAAAUGUUUUGCUCACAGUUCAACCUUGGUGAGGCACAAAAGACACCACACAGGAGAGAAGCCUUACCAAUGCCAGGAAUGUGGGAAAAAAUUUGCUGACAGUUCAACCUUGGUGAGCCACAAAAGACUUCACACGGGAGAGAAUCCUUGCCAAUGCCAGGAAUGUGGGAAAUAUUUUGCUAACAGUUCAUCUUUGGUGAGCCACAAAAGACUCCACACAGGAGAGAAGCCUUACCAAUGCCAGGAGUGUGGGAAAUGUUUUGCUCAAAGUUCACCCUUGGUGAAGCACAAAAGACUCCACACAGGAGAGAAGCCCUACCAGUGCCAGGAGUGUGGGAAGUGUUUUGCUGACAGUUCAGACUUGGUGAAGCACAAAAGACUCCACACAGGAGAGAAGCCCUACCAAUGCCAGGAGUGUGGGAAGUGUUUUGCUGACAGUUCAUCCUUGGUGAAGCACAAAAGACUCCACACGGGAGAGAAGCCUUACCAAUGCCAGGAAUGUGGGAAGUGUUUUGCUUACAGUUCAUCCUUGGUGAGCCACAAAAAACGUCACUUGGUGAAGCACAAAAGUCUUCACAAAGGACACAAGCCAUAGAAAGCCAGGGGUUUGGAAAAUGUUUUGCUUUUUCCACAUGCUUGGUGUACCACAAAAAAUUACACACAGGAACAAAAGCGUAAAAGUGCCAGAAGUAUGGGAAAUGUUUUACUCAGACUUCAUCCCUUAACUUCUUUUAACAGGAGAGAAGCCUUACCAAUGCCAGGAGUGUGGGAAAUGUUUUCCUGACAGUUCAACCUUGGUGAGCCACAAAAGACUCCACACAGGAGAGAAGCCUUACCCAUGCCAGGAGUGUGGGAAAUGUAAUUGAGUUAUGGUGUUGCAAUGUGAGCUGGAGAUUGCAUCAUGCUGUCUGCUGUCCACUAUGCGAGUGUGUAUAGAGUUAACUGUGUAUUGCAUCAGACAGCAGGGGUGGUUAUAAAUAGCUUGCUGUGUUAUCUGUUCUUCCCUCUGCCCUCUGCUCUCUGCCUAUUUGCACUCUGUAUGUAUAUGUCGUCUUGAGAGUUAUCCGUUUGUCAGUAAAUCUUUUGUAGAAAGCCAAA